UGCAGUUGUAGUGCAGCAACAGAAACCACGUGAUUAACGCGGAAGUUGUAGCCCUUAAGUGAACGUGAAGUCCAGCAGUCUCUCGCAGAGCAGCGUCUGGCUUGUUCUGACUGGAGGUUUAGGUUUUGCGCUUCUGGUUCUGGUUCUGGUUCAUUUCUGUAGCAACUUGGGAGGUUCAACGCGCGAUUCUAGACUGAAAUCUACAACAGCAGAAGCGCAUUAUCAGUGCGAAUAGGGUUGUUUUGAGGUCAGAUGAUAUCUACGAUGAGGCCGUAACUGAAGCGUUUCUUGAGUUUGGUCCUGAUUGUUGCCAGAAUGGCCACUGCUAAGAAAGCAGCGUCUAAGACGGGGGGCGUUCGCUUCGCUGAGGAACCCGCUGCGGCCGUCGCUCACUCUCAUGUGCAUUUUGACGAGAAACUGCACGACUCCGUCGUCAUGGUGAUACCCGAAUCAAACGGGAACUUCCUGGUUAAGGUGGGCUUCCUGAAAACACAGCACCGAUAUGAGAUCGUGUUCACACUGCCAGAGGUGCCAGAGCUCGGGAAAGACGUGUGUCCAGCCCCCAUCCCCAAUCCACACCUCCGUAUCACUAACAUAACGCCGUCCUCAGACGGAGGUCUGAGGGUGACCUGUGAAUAUAUGGCCCAUCAGGAGGGAGUGAUGUGUGAGGAGGUGCAGAUUCUUAGUGAGAGCAAAGAGGACGCAAGUGUGAAGGUUAAAGUCCAUGCUCGUGUCAUGGACCGUCAUCACGGGACUCCCAUGCUGCUGGAAGGCGUUCGCUGCAUAGGAGCAGAACUCGAGUACGACUCCGAGCAAAGCGACUGGCAAGGCUUUGACUAAACGCCUGAACGUCACAGACUUCCCAAUCAGUGCCACAUAUCUCGUGUCGGCAGCGACAGAAUAUUCCAGAUUCUGGAAUUCUGUUGUCAAUGUCUCUGCUUUCUGCUCGCAGCGUUUGGAAACAAACUGUGGUUACUAGCUUGUUUGUACUGUUACAAUGGAAUGCAGGAAUGAUCUGUCGUUUACUGUAGCUCUCUGUUACUUGUCGUUUUUCAGGUUUGGUUAAAAAAAACAAUCAAAUAGUGUGUGUUUGCUCUAACUGAAUUCCAGUGUUAUGACAAUGUUUCUUUUAGAUAAAAACAAAUAGAAUAUGCUCUUAUGUCUGUGUUUCUGCAAUGUGAUUCUAAGGUUUUUAAACUAAUUCUAUGAGUGAUUCUUGUGCUCACUGUGAAUCAGCCUCUUAUUUGUACCAGUAGGAGGCACUGCUGACCACAAAAUCAAUCUUACAUGUUUCACCAUGAACUUUGUUGGCAACUUGGCUUUAAAGUUUGAAUGUUUUGAUUUGUUUACUGAAAUGAAUUUGAUUAGUAAUUUACUCAAAAUCAUUUUAGAUCCAGCAAAUGUUGGAGAUUUUGACUGCCCUGAUAGAUUUUUUUUAACGAGAUUAUCACCUUAAGGGCUGUUCAGUCAUCAUCUGUGUGUAACAUUGGUCUGUUUUGUUGAGCCAAAGUGCCUGAAAUCAUAUACAUUGUUAGUUUAUUUGAUUGAUGCCAGCAUGUAAAUCGAGCCAUUACAUAUUGAAUGUUGGCAGCCUUAUUCCAGCAUAGUAUUGAAUGUCUAUUCAUAAGUCCAUAUAACUGCUUUUACAAAGUCUGGAUCUCUUAAAAGUUCAUAUGUCUUUUCAAACGGAAUUUCAAAAUAAUAUCUCCCAGAGCGCGGUUUUCACCGUUGACGGUUUGUUUGUCUCUUACUGUACAUUUUUUUACUCGAGCAAAUAAAAUUCACUUGUUGAUUCAAAAUGCUUUUAUAGUAAUUUGUGUGUCAUAAAGUAAUUAUGAAUCAUUGCAUUGAACAGCCACUAGUGGUCAGUGUACUCUAAAAUAAUGAACCUCUUUACAGUUUCAGAAAUAUAAAGGGUUGGAUAUUGAUGAAUGUACAAUAAAACCAGAGUUUGAUAAUGCCUGAUAAUCAAGUAAAUUGUGAAUAUACAAAUGUAUUAAGGUCCACUCAUGCAUUUUCCUACAGAAAAUACAGGUGUUUGCAGAAGAGGUGAAAUUUAGAAAAACGUUUGACUUUUGUUUUCCUUGUGAUUGUAAUCUGACAGGUGAGAUUUCAUUUCUUUAUAAAGGUAGUUCAAAAUCUUACAUUAUUUCUAAAGAAACUAACUAUUUUCAAAUUCUGAAAUGUAGCAUCAUGCAUUUACAUAAUGUAUAUGAAAUGAAACAUGUAAAUGCAUCAUGCAUUCCUCAUCCAUAUCUUGCGGUAGUUUAAUUUUUCUGUAACAACACAAAAUUAAUUUAAGGUUACUGCCUUUCUAGAGGUGGUUGUAGUCAUUUUUUUUUUUCUUUUUAUCAUGCUAUGCAAAUCUGACACCCUA